UUCAAAUAACACUGAUAUAACAUUUGAAGGAGGUAAAUUCAGUGAGCUCUAAAAUUUUUGAGUUAACAACCUGAAGACUUCAUCCAUUGAUUAUAGAUUAUGUAAUCCUCUGUGAGCUAUGACACAUGACCAUUUGUAAGGAUGGAUGUGGACCAGCCCAUUGAAAGGGGGAUGAUCUAUACGCCUUUAUUCAGGUGCAAAUACUCUAUGCUAAUCUGCGCAUACCAGAACCUAAAGAAUGCGAGAAAUUGAGUUAGCUCUUGCUUGACCUGCUGUGGGGCAUGUCUUAGUGAGCAGAGUGCUGCGCUGACAGGAACAUGGUGACAGUAUACUAAGGACUAAGAAGAUGCAUAUGCCCACUUUUCACUGAUAUUUCAAGGAUGAUAAUGAAACAAACCAUGAGGAUUACUUAUUUUUGCUUUCUACUGUUACUGGUUGGAGUCCGGGCCCAGGGUGGUGGUGCCGCCUGCCCAAAUUUAGGAGGAGUUGUAGCAGGUUGCAUCAUUGGCACUGCGGUUCUAUGCGCUGUCAUAGCUGUAGUGGUAUUUUUACUAUGGAGAAGGAGACUUCAUUCUGAUGGAGGAAAGUCCAAAGUUGGAGAAGAUCAUGCUUAUGAGAAUGCAGCAUAUCAAAAUGAUGAGAGUGUUCUGGAAAAGAAAGGAGAUGUUGAAGAAGCUUUACCUGUUGGAUAUGUGAUGUGUGCAGAGUAUACUAGCCCCAACAAAAACAAACCUAAAGCAGCUCCAAUUUUCUCUUUGAAAAGAGAGCAGUCCCAGCCAAAGUCUUGGUCAUCGCUUCCUAGAAAUCCUUUUACUAGUCUUGACGAGAGUUAUAGAAAAGGUUCAAGGGCAUCACUAGAUGACAAUAUAUUCAAUGGAGAGACGGAGGUGGUGAGUGUAUCCCUGCAGAGCAAGGACAUCAUUGGGCUUGGGUUCAACGUUGCUGGCAGCAUGCGUGAUGGCAUUUUCAUCAGUCAGGUGCACAACAGAGGCCCUGCCAGUGAAUCAGGAAAAAUUAAAGUUGGUGACCGCAUAGUCAGUGUGACCAUCUCCUUUGAGAACAUGGUGUAUGAGGAUGCACUAACCAUCCUCAGUUAUGCCUCGCCAUACCCAGUCCAAGUCCAGCUUCAGAAAUCCAAGCCAACAAAAUCAGGGGCAUUACAAGUGAGGAGAACCCCCUCCCAGAGCAGCUUGCCCAACCUGCACCACCCACUGUACAGAAGCCAGUCCCUUGACGAUUUGAGUCGGAUUAUGAAGGACAGUCAGCCACUGAAGACACGUAGAGCUUUCAGUGAAAAUCGGAAAGCUAAUCAGGCACUCAAACAGGGAUCAUUAAAAUCGGGUCGUGAGAUGACAUGGGAAACGAAUAUGAACAGGCCAGUGCUAGAACUUGAUGAAGAUUCAAAGUGGGAAAAUGUGAGAGAACCCAAUAUAUUCGGUGAUGAGCAAGUCAUUGAUUUAACAGAUGGGAAGAGUGAAAUAUUCAAAGAAAAACAUAAAUUUGUUGAACAUGACAAAACUGAAGUACAAGCUACUAUUGAAAUGACAGAAUUACAGAAAGAAUCUGCAUACAACCUGGAGGCAGUUCAUCCAGUGGACAACAAAGUAGACGCUGGUGACAAAAGUUUUGAGGAAGUUGACAUUGAUAGUCCAGAAAGCACACAAGAGGAACUAACUUCUCCGUACAGUCAGUUAACGGAACAAGAUAGGAAUGAGCUUAUUCGUCUGAGUUACGAAGAUUCUGCCCCUCCAGUUGUAGAGAAUUCAUCGUAUCAUCAGCAACCUGAAGUAACCCCUGAUGAGGACCAACCAGUUGUGAAGUCACAGUUGGUGGUUAGGCUGUCAUCGCCAAAGAAACAGGAUGAUAGUGGAGUCAAGGAGCGAAAGUCAUCAACAUCUUCCAGUAGCUCUUCAGAAAAAGAAGAAGAGAGAGAAGAAGAUUCAGAAAGCAAAAGAGAAGAUGGAGCAGGAGGUGAAAGUAGUAAUGAAGAGGAGGAAGAACAGUCAGAGAGUUCUGAUGCUCCACCGGCAAAACUAUCCAGGUAUGCCGACAUAUAUAAUCUUGCAGAGAUUGAUGACAUGGACAAGACGGAAAUGAUCCUUCAUGAAGAAGCAAGCAGCAUGACAACAGAAAGUCAACAGGGCUCAAUUUCAUCUGCUGAACCCAGUCGCUCUCAAUCCAUAACAGACAUAGAAGCCGAAGUACAGGCCGAAAUGCAGACACCCAUCCCACUGGAUGAGGAAGAUGCCAAUACUGAUGACCCUGCCCCAGGAACCAUUGAAGAAGACUGUAAAGAAAACAUUGAAGCAACAAUCCCUGACAAAGACUCUGUGCAUAACUGCUCAAUUAAACUCAUGUCUGAUGAGGAAAAGGUGCAAGCAUUCCUGACAAAUGAAAAUCCAGAUCCUAAAUUGUUAUUCAAUGAGAGUUUAGUCAAUGACUCCCCUCCAAAUGACCAUCACAGCCAGUCCUCAGACUCUGAUAAUACUCCCACCCCCGAAACUGCCCAGGAAUUUAACUAUGAGAUUAAUGGGGAAGAGAGUGAGGAGCACUCUGACCAAAGCGGACGUAGUAGUCCAAAAUUUCUUAUCGAUGAAGAUGAGGUGAUUCAUGCGGUGCCUGCUCAGGCAAUUCUGGAUGAAUCGGAGGAAGAAGCCGCAGACAGUGCAGUCAGUGAAGGUGCUUUUGUCAUUGACGUCAGUGAGCAGGAUUUUACGGACAAUAACACUGGCCUCACUGUGCCCGAGACGGCAUUCACCAUUGACCAAAGUACCUCAGAUCAACAGGACACUAGUAGUAGUUCAUCGUCCUCAUCCGAGGAUGAGGGCACUUGUUCUCCAAACACCAGUCAGUUUACAAUAGUUUUGAAUGGUGAUGAACAGAGUAGUAGUUAUGGCACGUCUCCCGAAGCAUCACCAACCAAACCGAGCUUUAUCAUUGACAAUGACACUCAGACUCAAGAACAACUUAUGAACAUGAGGAAUAAUGAGGAGAAUCCAUUUGGGAACAAUAUUACUAUGGUUGCCACACAGCAGUAUAGUCCAGAUGCUUUCACUAUAACACUCAACACUGAUGAGUGAAAAUGAUAUUAUUGUCAUGUUUUAAAGAAUGAGACUAUGGCUUUCUUAUGUUGUGCAUAUUAUGAAUAUCAUUUAAACCAUUCUUAUGUCUUAUUAUCAUUAAUUUUGAUAGAUGUCAGUUUCGUGGUAACUAUUUAAAUUGAAAACAUUUUAUUGUCACUAUUUUAUAAGAUAGAAUGUCAAUUGUAGCCUUCAUAGUUGUAGUUUCUAACAAUUUCUGACAGAGAAAUUUUAAUGCAUUUAUUUGAUUAAUAUUGUAUGUACAUGUAAAUAUAUUUUAAGACUUACAAGCAUUAAUCUAUGUUAAAGCAGUCAAAUGACAUCAAAAUAAGUGUACAGCUGCUUCAGCUCACUUAUCAGUUGUAAAUAAAACUUAGUAUUUAGUACUGUAGAUGUAAAUCUAAUAUGUUAUUUAUCAGUUUUAUAGAAACUGUAACGUGUCCUAUAGUUAGUGUUAAUGGGUGUAGACUGGAUAUCUAUCUACAAUAUAAAAGUAGAUAAGUUAUGUUUAUUAUCAGUUGUCCAUUAGUUUAUAUUUUAAUGGAUCAGAGUAUGCUAGGAUAAGAUCAAUUAUGACUUUACCAUUGUGUUCCUGAUAUGGACAUUGCAUGUUGCAAACAGUAUUACUUCUCACCGUGAUGACCUCAGUUAGACAUUAGUUACAGCUUUAAAAUAUAAAAAAUAAAAGAAGGCAGUGAUUACUCCAAGCAUAUAUCCCCCCCCCUCAGACACUUAAAAAUUUCCCCCACAUUGUUGUGAAAAGUCAUGAAUUGAAUAAUUUACCUAUAGUUGUAUAAACAAUUAACUUUUAUAAAUUAAUAUGAAUAUAUGUCAAACAUAUUUAAUCAAAAUAUGAUAGUUCAUUUGAAGUGGACUUGGAGUCCAAUAUUUGUAAAAUUCCCCAUCUAGUGUAUAUCUUUUAAUGUACAAGAAUUCUUGUAUUUUGUAAACCAUGGUUACUGACAAAUAAUACUACUCAGGUAUAAGUAACAUAAUAUGCAAAUGCUCACAGGUGUAUUAUUAUAAAUGUUGUAUAUAUUUUUCACAUUUUCAGAUGAUAAUGAAUGUUCCAGACCUCCAGAUCAUAAAUUCCGAGUUCACUUAGUGAGUUUGGCUAGCAUAUACAUAUCACUAUUGUUUUUUCUUCAAGCAGUUCUUUUUCAAACCUCCACAAUGUUGUAGUAACAAUAUGCAGUAUAUUAUGAUUAAUAAAGCCUAUGAAUUAAUAUAAACUGAA